AAUUAAGUGAGCCGGACUGCGGUGGUUUCUUCUUCUCGUUUUAACAGAACAAUUUUAAAGGCUAUAGCCUUCUGUAGUUGACUCAUCUCUGAGCUUCAAUUAAAACCCAGACGGUUUUUCUACUCUCUCAAUCUAUUUUCCACCUGAAAAGCCGAAAUCCUUUCAGUCGGGAUCGUCGAUCUGCACAAACCGGACGGCUGUUUUUUUUAGUUUUUUAUUUUAUUUUAUUUGUUAAGUUGUAUUUAACGGGCGUAGAUCGGUCCGAGUGGGCAGGAGCUAGCUUUAUAAGGUAAAUCGUGAGAAUAUGGCACUAAAUCCAGCGUACGAUGCCAUCGGCAAAGGGUUCGUCGAGCAGUAUUAUUUGCUAUUCGACAACCAGGUCGAGAGGAGUAAACUAGUCAAUAUGUACAACGCAGAGACAUCAUUUAUGACUUUUGAAGGAAUGCAACUUCAAGGAAGCAUGAAAAUCAUGGAGAAGUUAUCUGCUUUAACUUUCCAAAAGAUAAAUAGGGCAGUAACUUCAGUAGACUCGCAACCAAUGUUUGACGGUGGCGUUUUAAUAAAUGUUAUAGGAAGACUUCAGACUGAUGAAGAUCCACCACACGCUUACAGUCAAACUUUCGUUUUAAAGCCAAUCGGAACAAGUUUUUAUAUUCAACAUGAUAUAUUCAGGCUAGCUCUACAUGACUCCCUUUAACUGGAACUGUUAAAACUCCAGCAACAAUAAAUAAAUGGAACAGGCAGUUAAUUCAUAGCUGUUCAAACAUAAAUCUUUGAUUUGUAACACUUAAAGACAUAUAUAUAAAUGGUUCUUUCAGUUCAUUGUUCAAACAGUUCUACAUUAUAUAAUAAUAAAACCAUUUAUGUUCAUUAUGUGUUGACUUUGACAAUUGUAAUAAAUAAUAACUAGGAGUGUUAA